AAUGUAUACUCGAACGAACCAAACAUCCGUGUAGCAAAUACAAACGCUCAACUGGAUAGGUCAGUGUUAGCUGGGGCGGUUGCUUUCGACUUGUUUUCUUUUUUUACGUGGCCAUAAUGUCUGAUGAAGAGGAGGAUUAUAUGUCUGAUGCAUUUCUCAGUAAAAUACAAGAUGUGAAACCAGGAGUCAGCAUGGUGAGGCGGGUAAAAGAAGCGAUGAAGAAGGAGAUGCAGCAAACGGAGAAAAACAUUAGGAACCGUCAGAAAACCUACAAGGAGCAGGAGAAGGAAAGUCGAGAAACAGCUUUACAGAGCUCCAUCAGCAAUGAGAACAAGGGAUUUGCACUCCUGCAGAAAAUGGGUUACAAAGCGGGUCAAGGCCUCGGGAAGAAGGGAGCAGGGAGGGUUGAUCCAAUUCCUCUAAACAUCAAAACCGACAGAGGUGGAAUUGGGAUGGAGGAGGUGAAGAAAAGAAAAGCUGAGGAGGAACUUGAACAUUAUCGGCAGAAAGUACGAGCCAAACAACAGAAUGAGACCAAAUCUCUGGAGGAUUUUAGGUCAAGAGUAAGGACGGAGAGGGAGGAGCGUAAGAUUGAAGGAGAUCUCAGAAGGAGUCAGCGAGCCUGUGAGCAGCUUGACAGUCAGAAGGGCAUCACUGUCCCCAGAGAAGACUGGUACUGGCCGAAAGCAGACGCUGACGACGAGGAAGAGCAUGAGAAGGAGGAGGAGGAGGAGGAUGAAGAGGAGAUUGUAGAAUUAACUUCCUUUGACAAACUGCAAAUUCUGACAUCCUAUCUGAGAGGAGUCCAUUUUUACUGCAUAUGGUGUGGGACCACCUACAAUGAUGAAGAGGACUUAAGCUCUAACUGUCCUGGGGAUACAGCAGCAGAUCAUGACUGAACUUAAUUUAAAAAGAAAAAAAGUGCAGUAGUUCUCGGGUGAAAAUGCAGCUACAUAUGUGCAGACAGCAAGAUUUAUUUAUCAUCCUGGUUGAAUCUAUUGUCGGACUCUAAAAAACAACACUGUUUGUACUGUUUCUGAGUGGUUGUCUUAGUUUAUUUUUAACAUUAAGGAAUUAUGUUAUAAGUUCAUGAUAUCUUUUUAAUAUUUCUAUUUUGAAAAGAUAUACUGUGUUUUCAUUAAAUGUUUUAAAACGUC